AUGGCCGACGAAUCGCCCACAGUCAACAGUCGGCGACACCGACGCAAUCAGUCGACGCCUCUAAACUCGAUUCCACUACAGGACCUGGGCCCCUCUCAACAUGCCCCCAUCUCUCCGGACCCGCCCUCUCCUUCGGCGCAAGCUUCACAUCGCCGGACACUGAGCGACCGCGGACGUAGCUUGUUCCGGCGCAACAGAGACUCGCUGCUGUCACAUAGUCCUGCUGGAAAUCCUCCACCUCCCAAUACGCGCGCUUACUCGCCCAUCUCCGAGGAUCCUCCCAGUCCACCACAGAUUGAUCGCAAACUGUCGCCUCUUGCCUAUGUAACCUCGCCUACUGGCCACCGGACACGAGUCGACGAUGGUCAAGAUGAAGACGAGCGCACACCGUUAUCUCCACACGAAGGAAGUAGUUUUCAGCAGGCUAUGGGCUUUGCUGGCAUCAGCUUGGGUGCUCCUGCACGUCCCUCAUUACACUCGGCUCAUGGUCGCAUGGGCAGUGUGCCUAGUCUUCGUACUGUUGAUACAUCACCCUACGACGAGGAGCCUGAUGACCCAACUGGCUUUUUUCCGCAUGAGGAGGAUAUGGACACAGUGCCCUUGACCGACAUGAAUCGUCGUCUCGAGGCCCAUUCACCGCAGCGUAAUGACCGUGGGAGUUUCCAGAGCAUUCGCUUCCUGUCCCCUUCCGUCUCACACUCAAACAACCCUGAUGUUGAAUCUGGUAACCUUACUCCUUCAGGACGAUGGAGCCGCUCGCCUGAUGGCCAUAGUCGCUCUCCUGCAAAUAGCCGCCGCUCCCUGUCUCCCAUGGGUGACUCUCCCUUCCACCGUGCGGGUGACAUGAUGCGGAAGAUGUCGAUGCGUGUAGUCAACAUCAGUAACGAGCCCGAAGUCGCAGAACGUAUGAUAAGACGCAAGUCGUCUGUAGGCCGCUCACCUCGCAUUCCCGAGUCUGGAUUUUCUGGUGAUGGUGCUCCCCAUUCGCCCGUCAGCGAAAAGAUGCCGUCACCCAUGCUGCGUCCGCCGAAUCCCUUCCGUGGCAAGUCUUUGGGCAUCUUUCCGCCUGACAGCAAGUUGCGGCUGAAGCUUGCCGACCUUCUACUUCACCCUAUGACGGAGCCGUUCAUCCUCGUACUUAUCGUUUUCCAGACCACAUUGCUUGCAGUUGAGGCUCGCAAUAAUGUCAAUGAUGAGCCACGAUCUAAGCGAUUCGGGACUACCUGGAUUGAUAUUGCACUGCUCGUAUUGUUCAUCAUCUACACUAUCGAGAUCAUGAUCCGCGUAAUUGUUUCUGGCUUUGUUGUCAACCCGAUCGAGUACAGUACCAUUGAUCGCAAGGUUGGUCUGCGAACAGCUGUUAUGAGGAAGGCCAAUGAUAUGUUCGCUCUACAUCGCAAGCCCUCGGUCAGGAAUCUGAAUCCUCUUCCGCCACUGACACCCGGUCCUCAGCCUGGCAUCUUACGCAGCCUCACUACAAACACCAUGAUGGAAGUACCUGGUGGUUCGAAACAGGCACAGCUACAACGACUGGCCUUCCGAGCCUUUCUGCGUCAUUCUUUCAACAGACUGGACUUCCUUGCAGUUUGUUCUUUCUGGAUAAGUUUUAUUAUUGGCAUCUUUGGCGUCGAGUCGCAAAAGCAUGUCUUUGUAUUUCGAAUGCUCAGCUGUCUCCGAAUUGUGCGUCUCUUGGGUAUCACCAGUGGCACUUUGGUCAUUCUAAGAAGUUUGAAAAAGGCUGCGCCGACACUACUCAAUGUUGCGUUCUUGACUGGUUUCUUCUGGCUGUUAUUUGCGAUCAUAGGGGUUCAAAGCUUCAAGUCCAGUCUCCGACGCACCUGUGUUUGGACUAACCCCAACGAUGCUUCGGAAACUUUCACAAAUGCUUUCCAGUUUUGUGGUGGCUAUCUCUUACCCAAUGGCACUGCAAGACCUUGGAUACAUGCAGAUGGAUCGCCAGGUGCGGACGAUGCCAAAGGAUUCUACUGUCCCAUCAAUUCUGUCUGCAUAGAAGGCGACAAUCCCUACAAUGGGACAGUCAGCUACGACAAUAUCUUUCAAUCUCUCGAAAUGGUCUUCGUCGUCAUGUCUUCCAACACUUUCUCCGAUCAGCUCUACUAUCUGGCCGAUAGCGACUAUCUAUCUGCCGGUAUCUUCUUUGCCGCUGGAAUCAUUAUCUUUCCCCUGUGGCUCGUCAACUUACUUAUCGCUGUCAUCACAUCCUCGUUUCAAGUCAUUCGAGAUGAGAGCAAAGCUAGCGCUUUUACCGCUCAGGAACAAGUCAAGCAUCUCGAUACUGAAGAGGGUAGCGAUGGCUUCAAGCAGAAGACUAGUACACUCAAACACUUCGUUGGCAAUACUCGCUGGAUCUGGAUUGCUGUCAUUACAUACGGCCUCAUUGUACAAUGUCUGCGCAGUGCUUACAUGAGUCCGAGCCGUGAUGCAUUCCUCAAUUCCUCUGAAAUAGGAGUGACGAUAGCCUUGGACAUAGAGAUCAUUCUCAGAUUCAUAGCUGACUGGCGAAAAUUUCACAAAAGCAAACGCAAUCUCGUCGACCUCGCACUGGCCGUAAUAACCACAGUCAUCCAAAUCCCAGUCAUUAAGCAUUCCGGGCAACCAUAUGCAUGGUUGACGUUCUUCCAGAUAAUCAGAAUCUACCGAGUCGUUCUUGCAGUGGAGAUGACGCGCACACUGAUUCUCACUGUGUUGGGCGACUUCUCUGGUUUUGCCAAUCUGAUCAUGUUCGUGAUGCUGCUGUGUUUCCUCGCGGCGAUCUUCGCAACACAGAUAUUCCGUGGUCAGAUUCCUCAAGAGAACGAUGAGGGCGAAGCAAUUCGUGUUCCCUUCUUCGACAUAUACAAUGCCUUCCUGGGAAUGUAUCAAAUCUUUUCGAGCGAGAAUUGGACAGAUAUCAUGUACGACGUAACCUCGUACAACGUCGCCUUUAACAACGGUUGGAUUGGCGCAGCAUUCUGCAUUAUGUGGUUCAUCCUGGCAAAUUUCAUUGUUUUGAAUAUGUUUAUUGCUGUCAUCCAAGAGAACUUCGAUGUUUCCGAGGAUGAAAAGCGGUUGCAGCAAGUCAAAGCAUUUCUCGCGAAGAGACAAAUCAACGCUACAUCUGGCAGUCAAGGCACAUUGUCUCUGUCAACGAUCUUCAAGUUUGGUCAAGUUCGUCGACAAGAUCCUCUUGACUACGGUUCAGCACAAACAGAGAUGCUCCUCAAAGAUGCAGUUGUUCGAGAUUUCCUCGACGAUCACGAGAUCGAUUCCGAUACGAGUCCACCCAGUACAUCUGACGGUAUGCCGACCAACAAUCAACCUGUCAAGUCUGGAACAUUGUCUCAGCGAUGGGAGCAACUGCUGAAUCGUCUCUUCAACCGUGAACCGAAUCCAUUCUACUCCAAUGUAGAGCUUCAGAAGGCCCAUGAAGAGGUGGAUACUCGACAAAUGGUCAAGGAGGUCGUCGCAGCAAAUGAGAGAGUCAAGAGAGCUCAGCGCGAAUACUUAAGAAAAUACCCUAACUACAACGUCUCGAUGUUCAUCUUCAGGAUCAACAAUCCCAUCAGAAAAGUGUGUCAAAGGAUUGUGGGCCCAGGCCGAGGCGGUGACCGCAUAGAAGGUGUUGCGCCUUCGAGGCCUAUCUGGUAUGGGUUCUCAGCAUUCAUUUACGCUGCCAUCGUGGCCAUGGUGCUUCUGGCCUGCGUUACGACGCCUUUGUACCAGAAAGAGUACUUCCGAACCCACGACUUUGAGGCUCGAAACUGGUUCGUCUACAGUGACAUGGGUUUCGCAACACUGUUCACCGUCGAGUCUAUCAUUCGAGUAAUUGCAGAUGGCUUCUAUUGGACGCCCAACGCAUACUAUCGCAGCUCCUGGGGUAUUAUUGAUGGCAUCGUCCUGGUCACGUUGUGGACUGACAUCUUCACCACAAUCUAUAAUCCAGGCGGUGGUUCAAGAGCUGUGGGUGCUUUCAAGGCUCUGAGAGCUUUGAGGUUACUCAACGUCAGUGACAACGCGAGAGACACCUUCCACUCUGUUAUUGUCAUGGGUGGUUGGAAAGUCAUCUCGGCGGCAUUCGUGUCGAUGAGUUUGCUCAUCCCAUUCGCCAUCUAUGGCUUGAACAUAUUCAAUGGCAGAUUUAUGGAGUGUAACGACGGCAACGGAAUUUCGCUCCUUACGGACUGUACUGGAGAAUACCUCAGUUCACCAUUUGAGUGGGACGUGCUCGCGCCACGUCAAGUUGCCAACCCUUACUACGACUUCGAUAAUUUCGGAUCUUCGUUGUUCAUUCUCUUCCAGAUCGUCUCGCAAGAAGGCUGGAUUGAUGUCAUGUGGACUGGUCAGUCCAUCACUGGUGUCUUUACUCAGCCUGAUGCAUUUGCAUCUCAGUGGAAUGCUCUUUUCUUCGUCGCCUUCAAUUUGCUUGGUGCCGUUUUCGUCUUGACGCUUUUCGUUAGUGUCUUCAUGCGCAACUACACGGAACAAACUGGAGUUGCUUUCCUGACAACUGAGCAACGAUCAUGGCUUGAAUUGAGAAAACUCCUACGUCAAAUUUCACCUUCCAAAAGACCCUCAUCUAAGGAGGUGCGGGAGACUUGGAAAGAGUGGUGUUAUCGCAGAGCAGUCACGAAGAAUGGUAGAUGGCAGCGAAGUGUCACUGCUGUGCUCGUCUUGCAUCUACUGUUGUUGUGUCUUGAGUGGUACCCGGAUAAUGACCGUUGGGACAGAGCAAGAGACUACAUUUUCUUGGUUCUGACGCUCUUCUACAUCGUCAACAUCAUCAUCCGCAUCAUUGGUCUGUCUUGGACACGAUUCCGACGUAGCGCGUGGGAUGUAUACUCGAUCUUUGCAGUCUCCGGAACGUUCGUCACGUUGAUCUUGCUCCUAACCAAUUUCAAGAACAGAGACUACGUUCAAGUGCACAAGCUAUUCCUCGUCUCCAUCGCACUGCUUCUCAUACCGAGGAAUAACCAGUUGGAUCAACUCUUCAAGACCGCAGCUGCCAGUCUGACAUCCAUCGCUAAUCUUCUAGCCACGUGGUUCGUCCUCUUCUUGGUAUUCGCAAUUGCGUUUACGCAGACAUUCGGAUUGACCAGAUUCGCUGACGGCGAGACGGACAAUCAAAACUUCCGAACAGUACCCAAAGCCUUGGUUAUGUUGUUCCGGAUGAGUUCUGGAGAAGGCUGGAAUGAGGUCAUGGCGGACUUCACCUCAGUAGUCCCUCCUUAUUGUACGAUCGGUGAGCACUACUACGAUGGCGAUUGCGGUAGCGACGGAUGGGCCAUGGCUUUGUUCAUUUCUUGGAACAUUCUCAGCAUGUACGUCUUCAUGAACCUGUUCAUCUCAUUGAUCUACGAGAGUUUCUCGUAUGUCUAUCAGAGGAGUAGCGGAUUGUCUGUCAUCAGCAGAGAAGAGAUUCGACGUUUCAAGCAGGCUUGGGCAGAGUUUGAUCCAAGCGGUUCGGGGUACAUAUCCAAGGAGAAGUUCCCUCGCCUACUAGGAGAACUCUCUGGUGUUUUCGAAAUGCGCAUCUAUGAUGGCGACUUCACUGUCAGCAACAUCAUCGCAGACUGUACUUCCCGACCUCAGCGUGCCCAUCCUCUAGGAUUAGAUGGCCCCAAGGAUAGUCCGCAGGUCGAUCUUGAUAAGCUCAACGAACGACUUUCUGAAAUUCCGGUCACCGAAAUCCAACGUCGCAGAAGAAGGAUGAAUAUCUUUUAUGAGGAAGUCCUGGUCUCGGCUGAUCCUGAUCGAGGUGUGGAAUUCAAUUCGCUACUGAUGAUCUUGGCACAUUACAAGGUCAUCAACGACAACAAGAGUUUGCGACUGGAAGAAUUCUUGCGCCGCCGUGCUCGCAUUCAACGUGUUGAGGAAGCUGUACGCCGUAAUGUUGUCGUUGGCUUUUUCGACACUUUAUACUGGGCCCGACGAUUCAGAAAGGCUCUGGAAGCCAAGAAGUCUGCACGUAUGACAAUGGUGCCACAAUUAGACGUCCCUGAAAUUUUCAUCCAGGAUGACAGUGAAGAUACGCCUUCGGCUCCCUCGACACCUAUUGAUCACCAGACUCCUAGCUGGACUACUGGGAGCGACAACGGCACGCCGCUGUUCACAACUGGACCCUCGGCAUCCCGACCUAACCUCAGAAACCGCAGUGACUCUAUCCAAGUGUCACCGUCAGCCUCUCCAACACGUCCACGGGCAAUUUCUCAAUCAUCGCCGUCUGAGUUGCGCGACAUUCCUGAAGAUUGGCAUUUCGCAGAAGCUUUGAUCGAAGGGCAUAACCGGUCUAGAUCACCGUCGCCAUCCCCGCAACAUCUGGAUCCCGACGCUACGUCAGACGCUUAUGGUGGUCUGGGAGUCGGCGCAGGGCCUAGGAGUCGUGCUCAGACAUUGUCUGCGACAAGUCCAGACUCUCGACCUCGAGCAGGGACUCUAUCCGUCGCUGGCGCAUCUUCAACCGGCGCUCGUUCGCGCGCCACUAGUUCUGUCAACGCGCAAAAUGUCCUUGAUGUCUUGGAUACAUCAGCAUGGGGCGAAAGUAUCAGACGUAGCUUCACAACUCGCGGAUCGACAUUUGAGCCGCGUGGCUCUGCUUCGAGGGAUGCAAGUGCGGAGCCUAUGCCUCCUCUCCCUGAUACUCGACCUUCCAGUUCUUCGAAUGCAGAAGGGAAUGAUCACGAACACCCACAUGAGCUAUAA